CGAGAAGAGAACUUGCUACAAAAUUCAGCUUCUAUAAAGCUGGAAACAUAAUAUCAUUUUCGAGUUCAAGUGUUAUCGACAUGGGUAUUGGACCGACUGAGACUGAGAUAGUAGAUCUCAUAUGUGUUAUUUAUCUGGCGUUGGCCAGAGAAACGCUGAAUAAACUUCUAGAGCUUACGGCGGAGCGCUGCAAUGAAGUUGCGAAAAAUCGCUCUUCACUUGGUGGCUAUUAUCUUGAAUACUAG